AUGCACCAAGGAUCCUACACAAACUCCAUUAACCAAUUAAAACACAACUAUGAAGAACGAAUCCAAUACUUGGAGGAAGUCGUAGGCCUCCUGAUAGCCAGAAGAGAACCCCCGUCGUUGCCGCCUACCUCCUCAGCUCCCUUGUGCGGCUCUUUCAGGUACUCGAUCAGGCGAGGCCUGGAACCGGUCUUAUCAAUGACAGCAACAUCAUUACCUCCCCAUUGGCGGAUUGGAAGGCCAGUGAGGCAGAAACAUGCUAGAUCCCCGCCUCGUCGACAAGCCUUUGGUUUUACUUGCCAACCACUAAACCCGGAAACUUGCCCGUCCAUCACCCAGAGUUCAUCUUCGGACUCAGCUAAGUCGUUGUCACCGACUUCACUGCCAAAAAGCUUUCCGAAAAGCCGUACACCCUCGGCACCCUCAUUUGUUCCGGAUGCCAGCAUUGGUGGACAUUCACCUAAGCCUGCUAGUCAGACUGACCAGUCCCCCCACGGUCAUCCGAGCAACAUCGUCCCACCCGACCAAACAGAUGUCUGGCCAUUGUCCACUGCCGCCAAGGACCAUGCCUCAAUCACCAUCACCACAGUACACCAGCCUACUGCUGUAAACCCAAUGGAGGUCUCAGCAUCACCAACCGACUCGGGUGUUCCUCUCGGAACCGCCAAAACAGCCGCCGUUCUUGUUCAUAGCGCUGAGACCCUGGCCUCGCCCACCGUCACCCAGUCUCCGUCUUCUGUUAUUGCGAUCGUCGCUGAAUCCCCAGCUAGUACUUCUAUUAAUGCAGUCUCCGUUAGUGAGAUCAUUGUGACAACUGAAGAUCCAACUUUGACCUCAUCCUUGCUUGAUCCUCUUACACAAGCUGCUACCUUGGACACCCUUGGUUCUAAGAACCAUAUCUUUGAAGCUUCACACCAAGCAGCCACCCAGAUCAAUCAUCCAAUUGGCAUUGUCCCACCCACUGCAUUAUCAUCUAUCAAUUCUAUUUUGGACUCUACUACUUCCACCGCGACUUCUACCUCCUCAAACUACCUUGACUGCUCAUCUCCUGUCUACCCAACUGCCGAAGUCUGCCCUGAAAACACUGAGGUAGCUGAAGCAGGAUCCCUAGCCAUUGAGAAUGAUGAGAGUGCUUCUAUGGACUCCAAAAUUGCCCCAGAAUAUUCACACACAACUCUAGAAUACUACAACGACAUCGACAACUACCUCAAACUCUCUGGUGUGAAUGAAACUCAAAUAAGAAGAAAAAAGAAGAAGAAGAAGAAGACCACCAAUCACAACUCUGACUCGUGUAUAUCAGCACCACCUGUUGACAUACCAAUAGCUGCUGUGGGUUCCUUGACAGUAAUGAGUGAAGAAGAACUGGCAGCCCUGGAAAGACAGAAUGACCCCCGCUACCGCCCAAUUGAAGAUUCAGAGUUUGUACCGUUUGAAGACUGGUGA